AUGGCGAAUGAAUGUGCCUGUCGUACUCUCAAGAAAACAACCCAGCGUGCUUUGCGGGACUGGAUUGAAGUCGAAGGCUUAAGACGAUUUUGCUCCACUCAAUUCCAACUUGAAUAUCCUAGGUUGCGUGCUGAUAUUUGGGCCGAUAUCAAACAAGGCCCCUGUGUUUCUGCUGAAGGAAAUAAGUAUGUUGCUGUAUAUGCUGCUGCCUGUCAAUGGGCCCGUAGCUACGCUUUGAAGAAAGAAUCUGAAGUGAGCAACUCGCUCAAGGAACUAUUUCCUGAUAUUGGCUUUCCAAGAGUUCUGCGACCUGAUGAUUUCGAAGAGUCGCAAAUAAGAUCCAGGUUCCAAUACAUCCUAGCGAGCCUUAUAAUCCUGAUCAAAAUCUUGCUGAAGAUUGUAUUUGUGAAGCAACAAAAAUUCAAGAGAAUAAGCAAUUGUGUCAUUGGCUUGGACCCAGUUUUAAUAUUGGUGGAUCUCUGUGUUUUGCAUGUGCCACUUCAUUGUGGAAAAGUUUUACAGCUAUCAAGUGUGAUUCCUCUCUCUAGAGAAGAGCGGGAUAGUACAGAUAUCAAAGACCUGAAAAAGCGUUUUACUGAAGACUUGCAUAACUGUUUGAAAAACUCUGACCCCAUCAAGAUUGAUGAUUUGCAGGAUCCUUUGGGUGCCUACAAAGCUGAUGAAAAGUAUAUCAGACCUCUACACAUGAACGCUAACACUCCCCACUUUGAACAAUAUGAAGAUGAUGAAAUGUUGCAGCAUGAAGAGCUUUUUGAGGAAGCCCCAUCUGAAGAAGAUGACCAGGUGGAAUUUGACAAAUAUGUUGGUGUUAAGAUCUGGAAGAAUGAAAAUGGUAUUAACAAAUUUGGAGUUGUUUGUGGAAGAAAAAUAAGAGCAGAUGGCCUGAUGGUUGGUUCGUAUCAUGAGAAGCCUGUCUUGGACACUUCUAUUUAUGAAAUCGAAUGGCAUGAUGGUGAAACUGAAUCCUAUUGUGCAAACAAAGUUAUUGAAGCAAUGAUGAUGAAUGUUGAUGAUGACAGUAAUAGUAUCCUCCAUGUGAAAGGAUUUAUUGAUCACAGGACGGAUGGCACACGGGUCCAUGCUGAUGAUGGUUUUUUCAUGGUAAAGAAUAAGAAAGUUCCUCGAAGAACUACAAAAGGGUGGUAUUUGUGUGCUCAAAUUCAUGGUGAUGAGACAGAAUGGAUUGAUUUGAAAACUGCAAAGGAGGCCUAUCCAAUUCAGGUGGCCGAAUAUGCUGUUGCUAACAAACUUGUAUCUCAGCCUGCUUUCUCUUGGUGGGUUCCUUAUACUUUGAAGAAGCGUGAUAGAAUUCUAAAGGCUGUUAAAUUUGGUUUCGAAUUGCCUGGUAGUGGUCCAAAAGACGUGAGACAUGCCUACGAGAUUGAUGCCAACACUGGUAGCAAUCAUUGGGGAAAUGCUGUUGGAUAUAUUUGGAUUUUCAAAGUACAUAUUUGGAGAAACGAGAAAAAGAGAAUACAUGUGAACGGUAGAGAAAUGAUUUCGACUGAUACAACUAAAAAUAUCGCGCGUGGCGAGUCAGAAAAGACAAUUUAUUUCUGUGGAAAUCAUCAUGUUGAUGAUGUAAGCAAGAACAAAAGUUGGAUACUAAUCAACGUACCGGCUACUGUGGAAGAUGAACGGAUAAACAGAUUGAACUUGCAGCAUGUCAGGCUGACAUAG